GACGGCAAGAAGGGCGACGAGGAGGAGGAGCAGGCAGAGGAGGAGGAGGAGGAGGAGGAGGCCGAAAGUGAGGCUGGCCCAAGUGACGAGCCGCCUGGCAGGGACCGAGCUCCUCGGAGGGGGCGGCCUGUGCGAGCCCAUGUCGACAUGGCCCGUAGCCGAACGGCGCUGGCGUCUACGCCGACUCGUCUGCGCGCCUCGACGAGACGACCUGCUGGGCGCCAGUCGCGGCGUGGACGAUCGGCACGAGCCCAGCUCGGCCGGAAUGGUACAGUUGGCAACAGACGGCGUCUGGCCGAGGCUUCUGGCCCGAAUGCCCCAUCGGAGGGCGGACAGUCGACACAAUCACUGCCGGCCCCGCCUGCCCGGCCAAGAGACGACCACGACAAUCCGUAACGCCUGUCCGGUUGAUGGGCGGCGUGGCUGCUAA